GAAAACGGUCGUGGGGAUCAAGACGAGGACCAACAGUACCUCCAAGUAGCUGGCACAACUUCUAGUACUGGGGUAUUUGACGUCGAUCAUGCACCACCAGGCUUAGGAGAAUCACAACAAAAAAUACUAAGUGAGGAACAAGAACAAGAGGAACAUCAAGAAGAUGACCUUGAUGUAUUAAAAGUACAGUCUCUAGGUGCUGUUGCUGAUCAUCUACAAGAAUCUCUAUCUCCCGAAGCCCGUCGGAUGGAGGAAAGGUUGAGAUUUCUGGAAAGUUUGAUCGCAAAGAACGAAAAAGUUUUCCAAGAACGAAUUAAGGAACAAGAAAAACGUUACGAAGAAUUCGUGAUGCAGAAGCAGAUGGAGUCAUCUACAACUGAGAAGUUGGAACAACAUGCUCAAGGACGACACGGAGGUGGCCGCGCACACUCAGACGACGCUGAAAAUCACGAAGAUGAAGGAUUGGAAGAUCGCCAUCAUGAUCAAGCGGCACGAGUGAGUCGAAGAAAGGAAGAUACCAGUUGUGAUCUUAAUAGACAGAAUUUACAACAAGAAGAAGAAGGUACAGCAGAAGUGGCAGACUUGUACGACUUCUCUCCACCACGAGGAUCACCG